UAUACACCAAACAAUCAUAAACUUGGUUUUGAAAUAAUAUCUCAAUCCAACAAGCCACACACAACCUCCCUCACCAUCUUCCACUACACGAAACCAAAGAUGGUUCGCCGUAUUUGCGGUGGCUUCAUUGCGUUACUGAAGAUGUGUGGUGGUCAUAACGAUUCUGGAGGAGAUGAAUCUGGUGACGACGGCGGUGGAGACCGUGGCAUAUUCUUUGAUCUCCAAGAACUUGAAAUCGCGACUGAUUUAUUCUCCGAGAAGAAUCGGUUAGGACAUGGUGGAUUUGGUCCUGUCUACAAGGGAUUGAUGCCAAGUGGUGAAGAAAUAGCUGUGAAGAAGCUGUCGUUGAAUUCGAGACAAGGGUCGAGAGAAUUCAUGAACGAGGUUAAGCUCUUGCUUCGUAUUCAACACAAGAACUUGGUUUCGUUGCUUGGUUGUUGCUUCCACGGUUCGGAAAAGAUGCUGGUUUAUGAGUAUCUCCCUAACCGGAGUCUUGACUAUUUUCUCUUCGAUAAAAUCAAUCCCGGUUUACUUGAUUGGUCCAAUCGAUGGCGAAUAAUUAUGGGCGUGGCAAGAGGACUAUUAUAUCUACACGAAGAAGCUCCGAUUAGGAUAAUCCAUAGAGACAUAAAAGCCAGCAACAUUCUUCUAGAUAAUGACUUGAACCCAAAAAUCUCGGAUUUCGGUUUAGCCCGGUUAUUCCCAGGCGAUGGCACUCAUACUAAUACAUUUAGAAUCUCUGGUACCUAUGGUUACAUGGCUCCUGAAUAUGCCUUGCACGGGCUUUUAUCGGUUAAAUCAGAUGUUUUCAGCUUUGGGGUCUUGGUUUUGGAGAUAGUCAGCGGAAGAAAGAACCAAAAUCCUCGUCUUGGACCAGAAAUGUCGGAUCUCUUGACCUAUACGUGGAAGAUGUACCAAGAAGGCAAAAUUUUGGAAUUGGUGGAUCAAUCUCUAGCAGGAGUAUACAACCGCGACGAAGCAGCCACAUGUUUCAUUAUAGGGUUACUUUGCUGCCAGCAAAUCACAACAAACAGACCGGAUAUGAACAUGGUUCAUCAAAUGUUGUCAAGCGAUUCAUUUGAUAUGCCUAAACCGGGUCGUCCUGGACUCCAAGGUCGUAGAGGAGGCGGUUAUCCAAGUAGCGGUACUGGUACUGGUUCAAAAAGUUUUGGAUUAACCGGGAGCGAACCAAGCAGUUUUAAAAGUAGAAGAAGUGGAGGAGCGUCUGGAGCUAAUAGCAUCGUUGAGGAAUACUCGAGGACUUCCAUUUCCAUGUCUUCCUUUGCCGAAGGAAGAUGAAUCUUAAAUUUUGUAAAUGCACCCUUGUUUACGUGUGUUACACGGUGUAUAUAUUUACAUAAGAAAGACUUAUUAUAAAGUUUAUGGAUCGCUAUAAAGUUUUCGUUGAAACACUAUACUAUUAGUUUGCAUAAUGAGUCGUGUAUUAAUAUUUAGUAAUGGAGCUGUUUUAGACUAGCUAAAAGAAGUAAUAAGAUUUCUGUGAGUACCACAAUUUCAACUUCC